GUUGCCCCGCUCCCCUGGGGCCAAAUCAACUUCUUGCACACUACAGACACCCAUGGCUACCUUGCCGGCUCUCUAGCGGAGAGUGCAAAGUCUUAUUCGGCAGACUUUGGCGACAUGAGCGCUUUUGUGAGUAGGAGCAAAGCAAUUGCAGAUAGGCUCGGAGUCGACCUUUUGCUUCUGGACAGCGGCGACUUGCACGAUGGCACAGCGCUUGGGGACAACAGUUCGCCCAAUGGCGCGUUGACCCUGCCAUUAUUUGCCAAUUUACCGUACGAUGUCCUGAGUAUAGGCAACCAUGAAUUGUACACGACCGAGAUUGCUACCAACACAUACAACACCUUCGCACCAAAGUGGGGAGGACGCUAUCUCACUUCAAAUGUCGAUAUUUACAUCAAUGGCACGCGUCGACCUUUCUCCGACCGAUAUGCAUACUUCACAACCAAGUUCGGCUUACGAAUUUUGUCUUUUGGUUUUCUUUUCAACUUCACAGGCAAUAGCAAUGCUAGCGUCGUUACACCCGUUGGUACAGCUGUCAACCAAACUUGGUUUCAAGCGCAAGCACGACGCUCAGACAUUGACUUGUUCGUCGUGGUCGGCCACGUCACCAUGCGGGACUCACCCGAAUGGGACUCUGUCUAUAAAGCCAUCCGGGCGCACCACCCAGCAACGCCGAUUGCCUUCUUUGGUGGACAUCGUCACAUUAGAGAUUUUGUUGUGUAUGAUUCGAGCGCUGUGGGCUUAGCAUCAGGCCGCUACUGCGAAACUAUCGGGUUCAUGUCCAUCAGUGGCUUUGGCAACAAGACCAGAGCAAAUACCCCGACUGGACUUGGACGAAGCAUCAAGCCCGGCCAAGGUCGGAACGUCACUGGUGCUAAACGUAACGUCAACUCGAGCUUGACAUUUGCUCGUUCGUACCUGGACUUUAACCGCAACACAUUCAUCAAGUUGACAACUAAUGGCUCGUCACCCUUCAAUACGUCGCUUGGUCUUGAGAUUACUCGCAACAUCACUGAUGCUCGUCUGGCCCUGAAUUUGACUGCUGUGUUUGGUUGUUCUCCUGGGGACUACUACCAGUCGAGAUAUCCUGUUUCGAGCAACAUGAGCAUCUUCAACUACCUCACCAACGAAGUUUUUCCACGCGUUAUGGUCGCCCCUGGGCGUGAAGAUCAACCGCGCAUUGCACUCAUCAAUACUGGAGCUGUUCGAUACGAUCUGUACAAGGGCAAAUUUGGCCUUGACAACGCCUACCAGAUUAUCCCCUUUACGAAUACCAUCCUUCGCAAGGAGGUACCGUGGGGUGUGGCUAAGAAUCUUCUCAAGAACAUGCAGACAGACCGUGUUUACAAACGUCAAGAGCAGAUUGACUUGUCGCUUGGCUACGCUACGAAUGACGACUUUGGACGUGAUGGUGAUAAUCCGCAGCACAUUCCUCUACCAUUUGCUUCGUCACCUCGUUAUGUUCAGAGCAACAGUUCGUUGCCAGAGGAUAUCAGCGAUGAGACUAUCGUCGAUGUAUAU